AUGAGAAGUGGUAAUCAAGAUAAAAUUGCUAUUCCGAGCUGCAAAGAUGAUUCAUGGAUGGAAGUGGAAAGCCUUCUCGGUGCUCCGCCGCCAAGCAUCUUCGACGUCCCUUUACCGCAAGGCGACGUAGAAUCGAUCGAUGAGAGGGUAAUCAGAGGGCUUAGAUCGCGCAUUUGGAACGAUAUCGCCCGCCUCAGACGCCUCAAAGAGUUUCAUCGGUACAAGAAGCUUCAGCAAAGCCGCGUCGUCGGCGUCGCCGGGAUGGAUCGCUCCCAAGCGCAGCAAUCGCAACGCAAGAAGUUAGCGCGCGUCCAUGGGAGGAUCUUAAUCGAAGCGCUGGAGCUGAUGGAAGAGGGCAACGCCAAGGGGUUCGUCUUCGGCCUGGUUCCCUGCCACAGCAAGCCCGUCACCGGAUGCUCCGCCAACCUUCGCGCUUGGUGGAAGGAUAUCGUCCGCUUCGACCGCAACGGCCCCAUGGCAAUGACCAAGCACCAUAUGGAGACUUGCCCCGGCGACUUUGUGAGGAGUAAGAUCGCCGUCGGCUUCUCCAUCCCCGUCGCGCUGACAGAGCUGCGCGACGUUACUUUGAGCUCGCUCCUCUCUGCCUUGAUGCCCGUCUGCGAGCCGCCGCAACGCAAGUUCCCGGUCGAAAAGGGUCAGCCGCCGCCUUGGUGGCCGACUAUGGAGGAGGGCUGGUGGCGCGAGGUAGGGCUGCCCAAGAACCCCACUCGACCCCCCUACAAGAAGCCACACGAUCUCAACAAGGCAUGGAAGAUUAGCGUGCUCAUUGCGAUCCUCAAGCACUUGAUGCCCGAUCUCAACAAGAUCCAGUACAUCAUCAACCAUAGCAAGUGCCUAGAGAAUAAGAUCACUGCUAAGGAAGUUGAAAUUCUCAACAUUGUUCUAUUGCAUGCGCUCAAUAAGCAUUCAAAGAAGGAGCAAGAAUCCCCCGAAAUAUGUCAGGAAGACAAUUUUCAGUCUCAGACGUUCCCCAAUGAACACCACCAGUUUUUCGAAGCUCUACUAGGGGAAGACAAUUUUCAACCCUCUUCAUUAUGAAUCACUAAUUAUCAGGUAUUUAAGGAAUAUGAUUGAUUCAAAGAGUUUGAGAUUUGAGUCAUUAUCAUUGCUUGUCUAAUAAAAUGUGCUACUUGAGAUCAGAUG